AUGUUCGGAGAUGUUAUGGGGGUGGACGACGGAGGGGAUCCUGUAGUCACCGAGGGUGAUAGUGACACUCGAUAUCUGGAGGAGAUAUUGAACGUUGUCGAGUACACCGUGUCCUUGACAAUGUUGGAGAAAUCUUUGUUGGAGUGCGUUGAGGCAGACAGCCUAUUUCUGAUUAAAUUUUCUUUGGUGGUCAUAGGGACAGUCCUUGCGCCGAAAACGGGGGUCGAUAUCACUUCGGGAUUCCGAAAUAAGGCGACGAAGAAUGUAUCUGGCUGCACCUUAUUCCUCCAGAUAACGCUCACUUCGAAUCCCGUAAUACUGCCCAACUACUACUCCGACUCGGAAGGAAGAAAGAGCAGUGACCACUUUGUCAGCUCUAUCAACGAGUUGAAGGAGUACAUCUCGAAUGAGUUAAAGUCUCAGUUGAGAUCAUUUUCUUUGAAAUUUAUGGACAAAGGAGAAGGUGUAGGUGGUAUUGACCGAGAGUUGGAGGAGGAUGCUGCUGCGGAAACGGGGAAGAAGGCGGAGUGCAGCCAGGCCGUGGAGGAGUCCUGGUUGAAGUCCCCCGUCCGUUCGAAGACUAAUGUUGUUGGUCUAUCCGACGAAAAUGUGGUGGAUUCUGUAAGUACGCCUUCACUAUCUGUUACAAAAUCUGUUGAAGAUGAAGGUGCUGCACAUAAGACCUUCGACGAUGAGGACUUUGAUAUAGUCGAAGUGGCAUCUUUCUGGAAUAAAGGCAAAGCCCUCGUCAAAUCAAAGAAGACACAGUCGGAGAAUGUGCCUUUAAUUGAGGAUGACUUCAACGAUAAGGCGUACGAGCAAUUCAUUGAGUCGGGCAGAACUGUUGUCGGGCCUUUCAAGACGAAGGAAGCGAUCCCCCGUAACCAAUAUGGGUUUUACAAGUUUAUUUUUAGCAACACGUUAGAUCCGGGAUAUGUGCUUGCGAAAUUUCGAAAGUUUGAAGUGGAUAGGAGGUGCAUGGCAUCGUUGCGACCGUUGCGAGAAGUUGAGGGAUCCAUCAUUGACUGUUUUUCUAUACUAAUGAACAAGUACGAACGUGAUAGUCGAUUACCUGACCAACCUCGUGUUUGGUACAUGCCCACUCGCAUCUCGCAAAAAACUCUCGGUUCGUUUAAUGUGAAGAGGAUUGCGAAAGACCGGGAGUGGUCAAAACUGUUUUACGAAGACAACUUGGAAAAAUGCGUCAAGAUGUUUGUGCCGGUGUUGACUCUAGAAGGUGCACCACAUUGGUUUGGUGCCGAAGUAAAUAUGAAGUCCAAGGUUGUCUCAUUUAUGGACUCCCUACACACCGCAAUGAAUGAGAAGUAUCGUGUGGAGGCUACGAAAGAAAUGUUGUCGACGUUGGACCUUUUGUUUGAGGAGAAUAGGUCGAAGAAUGUGACUUUCGUGGAUUUCAGAAUUGACAGGAAAGAUCGCGGGCUUCCUCAACAAGACAAUGACCGAGAUUGCGGUGUAUACGUCAUGAAGUACAUGGACGCUGUGGCCAAUGAGGAAGAUGUAGUUGAUGAGUUUCACCCGGUUGAGGCACGUUUGGAAAUCGCUGCGAGGAUCAUAACUGAUGAACAAAAUGAAAUUCGUACCAAAGUGGUUGAAGAUCGUAGGGCUGCACAAGGCAGCUCAUUUGCAUCAUCCUCGGCCCCUUUGCGUAGUCCGUCAAAGUCUCCACGCGAUCCUCGGUUCAGUACAGCGAAGUCUCGCAAUUCAAACAUGUUUCCCCCGUCAAGAGCCUCCCCUAGGCUUCAGUCUACCAAGACUAAGAUUUCAUAUGGUGAAUAGUGUGUGAAAAACACUUGUGUUAUUAAUAGGUUGUGUUAUUAAUAGGUCGUGUUAUUAGUGUGUUGUGUAGUUUGGAUUUGGGAGCAUAGGUUGUGUUAUUUGUGUGUUGUUUAGUUUGGAUUUGGGAGCAUUUGGAUUUAGACAUCUGUUUUUAUUAGUUCACGUUUGGAACUGGUUAUUAUGUUCACAGACUUGUGUUUAUUUUAGUUUUGACAAUAUAUUAAACCAUACUUAGCAAA